AGGGAGGAUGGCUGGGCCUGGGUGAUAAGCCACACUCUUCCUCUUCAGCUAUUUGAGGAUGGGAUGGGUGUUAUUUUUAGCGCCUGCAUGUAAAGUCAGCACUUGAAAAGUCUGUCUGGAAGCCUUGAGCCUGUCUACUUGGAGGCCUUUCCUUCUGUCUAAUUUGGGCAAUGUUGCAUGCUUGGAGAUCUGCCUGGGGAUUGGGAGACCUUGUAAAAAUUCCUGCUAACAAGCCCGUGUCCCUUAAGCAGUCGGAGAUACCUAUUCAUCAACUGCAAGGCGUCUUUAGAUGUUCAGAGAGAACAGAUCCUUUUCUGCAGCUGCUGCUGAAACUGGUGGAGAGUAAACCCCACCACGUGUGUCACCUAAACCACUUGAUGUUGUUGCUCGUGGGUAUAACCCCAUGUAAUACCCACAAUAUUUUCUUCUCCUCUUUCUCUCCUUUAUGCAGAAGCCGAGUGGUGGAGUCAGAGUCUGAGAACAAGCUGGAUGGAGAGACAGCGUCAGACAGUGAAAGCAAAUCCGAAUUUGGAGGAUCGCCCCCGGUGCCGACAUCGGAUGACACUCCAGAAGUCCUGAACAGAGCUCUCUCCAACUUGUCCUCAAGAUGGAAGAACUGGUGGGUAAGAGGCAUCCUCACGCUGGCAAUGAUCACGUUCUUCUUCAUCAUCAUCUACUUGGGCCCCAUGGUCUUAAUGAUGAUAGUGAUGUGCGUCCAGAUCAAAUGUUUCCAUGAGAUUAUCACUAUUGGCUAUAACGUGUACCACUCAUAUGACCUGCCCUGGUUCAGGACGCUCAGCUGGUACUUCCUGCUCUGCGUAAACUACUUUUUCUAUGGUGAGACUGUGACAGAUUAUUUCUUCACCCUGGUUCAGAGAGAGGAGCCCCUGCGAAUUCUCAGCAAAUACCACCGCUUCAUUUCUUUCGCCCUUUACUUAACAGGUUUCUGCAUGUUUGUCUUGAGUCUGGUGAAGAAACACUAUCGCCUCCAGUUCUACAUGUUUGGAUGGACCCAUGUGACGUUGCUAAUUGUUGUUACCCAAUCGCACCUCAUCAUUCACAACCUGUUUGAAGGAAUGAUAUGGUUCAUCGUCCCAAUUUCCUGUGUGAUCUGCAAUGACAUCAUGGCAUACAUGUUUGGGUUCUUCUUCGGCCGCACCCCACUCAUCAAGCUCUCCCCAAAGAAGACCUGGGAGGGUUUUAUUGGAGGAUUUUUUGCCACCGUUUUGUUUGGAUUGCUGCUGUCCUAUGUGAUGUCUGGGUACCGGUGCUUCACGUGUCCGGUGGAGUUCAACAAUGACACCAACAGCUUCACAGUGGACUGCGAGCCAUCCGAGCUGUUCCAGCUACAGGAGUACAACAUCCCCUUGGUGCUGCAGUCCGUGGUGGGCUGGAAGACAGUCCGGAUGUACCCCUUCCAAAUCCACAGCAUCGCACUGUCUACUUUCGCCUCCCUCAUUGGGCCGUUUGGAGGCUUCUUUGCUAGUGGAUUUAAGAGGGCCUUCAAAAUCAAGGACUUUGCCAACACAAUCCCAGGGCAUGGAGGGAUCAUGGACCGCUUCGACUGUCAGUACCUGAUGGCUACCUUCGUUAACGUGUACAUCGCAAGCUUCAUCAGAGGUCCUAACCCAAGCAAACUGAUCCAGCAGUUCUUAACCUUGCGGCCAGACCAGCAGCUCCACAUCUUCAACACGCUAAAAGCACACCUUGUUGACAAGGGUAUGUUAGGUAGUUUGGAGGACGCAUAGACAGCUGGGCGAUUGGAACAGGACUGAAAACAGACAAGCCUCCACGAGGAAAUUCCUGGCUUGCCUGAUUUAAGACAAUAACAAGGCCUCAUUUCACUGUAACUUUUCUUCCUUUCUUGGUAAAUGUUUGCAUUUGUGGUUUUUUUUUAAUAAUAUAUUUAUAUAGCUUUGGUUCAAAUGAGCAAAUCUUGGGUUUGUAGCCGAGAAGGAGGUAAGGCUUGGAAGGACUGUAGGGGGGCACGACUGUCCUCGUGGGCUGUUCUUAACCUUCGACGCGUGCGGGCAGAGCUGAACUUUUCCUGUGAGUGUGUUUAUGCAGGGAAUACUCAAAGCGUCGCCCGUACGACCACCGCUGCCCGUGGGAGCCAGCAGGGAAGGUGAAGCCGUGCAGCUCCCCCGGCCGUUGUGCCAGGCUGCGUUCACGAUGGCAACUCUGGGGACCAUCAUUUUCUCCAGUGGCAACUGUGAAUGCAGUGUUAAUUUUCCCAGAAAGCCACGUUUAUGCCUGCGUGCAGCCUCCUUGCAGACUGCACCAUGAGCACAAGGCUCCCUUAAUUGGAAGAGGAUCUUGUGCUAAUCCAGCCAUAUUUCCUCUGCCCAGCCAGGCACCUGCAUCUAUUUUCACUUGCUGGUUUUUGCAGUGCCUCUCACAUUCCCUCCCUUAUGGCUGAUAUUUUGGCAAAUACGAUUUUUAAAACCAAUUAAACCAGAAAUAGACCGGGGGCAAGGAGUGAAGAAACUGGUAGUUGCUUGUGGAAAUGUGGGAGGUUCAAAUUGCUUCAAAACCGCCUCAAGUAAAGAGGUUUUACAGAACAUUGAAGUUUCAUUCAGUAAUUCCUGCCAGUUAAGAACGACGCUUUAAAUAACUUGGCUCAUUUUUCCCCCAUCAAAUAACCUUUAAGAAACACUGAACCACACUUUCUCAUUUCUCAACGGUUGGAAACCCCACACUGGGAUAUUUUAACUAAUUUGCAGAGCAGUUUCCAACUAGGUUUUUUUUCUCUGCAGUUUGCUGGUUGGGGCUGCAGCACCCAGCUGGCGCUGUCAGCUGGGUGCUUUGGUUUUGUUUCAGGGAUCACGUCUAUCACCUGUUUGUUACUUGAGUUCUAGAUAUUGUGCUGCUGAGUUCAUCACAGUUGAUGUUGCGUUUCAGUCCGGCUUCGUUUAUGUGCAGGCUCCUGUCCUGCUUCGCUUACUAAAUCUUGUCAUAAAUAGUUCGUACUUAAUAGUUGCAAGUUUUACCUAAGUAGCUUCCUUGAUUUUGUCAUACUUUUUUAUUAUUUAAAAAUGAGAGCCCUAAAGAUUGUAAAACUUUUUUUUUUUUCUUUGGUGAUCAGAUGGUGAAAAUAUCCCCGGUUUACACCUUAUGCAAUGUCCCCAAACACAAGGUGACUCUGAUUUUACUUCUUUCCAUAGUUUGUGCAUGGGAGAGAGAAUCUUUACCUUAUUUUAACCUGGGGAACGAGUGACAGGGAAAGAUAAUACAGAAGUACAUUGCUGUUUUCAAACAGUUGCUGACAUAAACCUUAUGCACAGACCCCCAUAUGGAGACAUGUACACGCUGCAAGCUAGCAUCGACGGAAAACAAAACACCUGAAAAGACUUUGUAGUUCAUACUCCAUAUUCUGAUUCCGCCACUGCUUUCAUUUACCCUGAGGGAGCGAGAAGAACGCGUGUAAAUACAUGGCCAGAUACCAACCUCUCUCUUACAUUUCUAUAGGACUCUCUCUGCUGGUGAGCUCUGCUUCGUCUCCCUGAACAGGAACCACAGGGCAAAAGUUUGUGCCCACUGUACUGCAAAUACAGGUGUUCGAUCCAAAGCGCAGACUGCAGAGAGGAAGGGUCUGUGUCCACAAAGUGUUUUCGGCACGGUGCUGGCAAAGUUGCUGGCUCCUGGCAGGAGUCGGGACUGCUACGACAGAGCCUGUUCAGGGUUGCGUUUGGUUAACGCCAGUGGUGUACGUAGUUGUGGAGGCUGGUCCCUUCCAGCUUGAAUUAGGGGUUUAUUUUCUGUCGACUUAGACAGGGUCCAAGCCCCUAAUUUGAAAAUUGGAGGGGAGAAUCGAGGUGCUUCCAUCUUGCUUCGUCCAGGGAGAAUAUUUGGUCUGCGUUUCAUGACAGUUGGGCUGAGUUUAGCUGGGCAAAGUGAGGACACCUGCAAGGAGUACCCAGGCUGGGAAGAGGGGUGGGAGUGGCAAUGACAGGGGUUUGUGUAGUCCCUGGAAAGCAGUUUGCCCUGUGGGGUCAGACAAGCUGGGGCUUUUCUGGAUUCUCCCUGCCCGUGGCCAACAUCUGCCAAAAUCCCUCGUAGUGCACUGUUGGGUCCUCAGAAGAAGCUAUAGUGUUGAUAAAUACUACAAAAGUUACUGCUCUUUCUAUUAAGAGUUUUUUAAUAUGGGUCUUUAGUCUCCUGCUCAUCUGGCUUUAAACCUUUUGUACCUCUUUAGUUGUAAUUAGCGGGGCAAAGAUUGAACGCAAAGCUUUCCUGCAUGCUUUUGAUUUGAAAGUAGCUUUUGGGCCUUUUUGCAGGGUGUAGUGCUGGAUGUGGACACUGGAGGGCAAAGCAGUUGCAUGUAGGGGUUGCCUGGGGCUGGGAGAGAAGCAGCAGCAAUAACUAAUUCCAGGGUGGACGUCCAAGCCUGUUUUGAUCCUGAAGGGUAAAGCUCUGUGGGAAGGGUUUAACAUCCUGCCCUGAAGUUUCAUAAACUGAGUGGGAACAGUGCAUCCGUUUGAGAAACGGAGGAGGGAGAUGGGGGUUGCUAAGAUUAUUUGCAAGCUGAACAGUUGAUCUUGCUGAGAAAUACUGGUGAGCACCGUAGCGUGUCCUCCGUCGGGCUGAGAGCUGGGGCCGGCAAACCCACUUCUACGCCACUGGUAUGAAUGUAUGUGACCAUACCACUCGGCUCUUAGCAACAGCCUGCUGCCGGGGGAGCGUUUGGUCGGCUUUCCCCAUCAGCCCAGCCCGUGAGUGGCUUCAGUUUGCUGUAGAUACUUCAAGUUAGACUUACAAAGUUAGAGGAAAUGAAAAGCUGACGUUACCAGCUCUGGCUGUCCCUAAAGGGGUUAACUGUGAUGCCAAGAGACGCGUAGCAAGACAACGUUGCACCUCUUUUCAUUGCAUUAAGCCUUGCAGGACCUUGGUCAUGCUGCAAGAAUUUAGGUUUGGAGGGAGGCUGACGUAGCUAGCGCCGCUGCAGAGGCCGGGCUGACACCAGGGACGUCCAGGUAAGGCAAUAUGGGGAUGCUCACCUGAGGUUUCUCCAGCUGUAGGGCUCCAGCUCAGCACUGCACCGUAGUUUUUGUUCACAGUGGGCUCCACGACCGGAGAAGUUCGUCCUGCUUGUGCCCAGCAAGAGGGAAAUAACUGUGAGAGCAGACCAGGAAGGUGCUGCAUCAGCUGGCGUGUGUGCUUGGGUCGGAAGGAAGAGAAGAGCAGGAUUUGGCCAAUGUGGAGCUUAGGGGGUAUUACUGCUGCCUGGCAGGGGAUGGGCUGGUGUGGAAACCACCUCUUCACGAGCAGUCACUGCUUUUCCAGUUGGAGUGGACAGAGAGGGACGCGAGCGUAUUUAAUGAGCAAAGGGCUGGCACGUGGCUCGAGAGCUGCUUUUGCAUAGCGUGAGAAGCUGGCUGUCCCGGCGCGGUACUGGGCGUUCCUGGUGUUUGUUUGCCGGUGGGGGAUUUAGCGAUACAGGUCGGUCGCUGGUUUGAUCCACAGCCUGCGCAGGCACGGCCGGGCUAGGUCUGUGUAGACGAGGACUCAGCAUGCUCUGACAGGAAUUCGCUUCUCCAGGUCUGGUUGUAGCCCAGAUGAGUUUGCAGAUGGGAUGCACAGCCAGACCGUGGCCUGCAGUGCUCAGUGAAACAUCAAAACCUAGUUUCUGCCUACGGUGUCCUUUGCUGAUCAGCGUGCAUUAUUUAGAUACUCUUUGGGGUGAUGGGCGCAGAAGUCUGCUGGUGCUGAUCUGAAGGGGCAGCCGUGGCCUGGGGUUUAUGGUACCCUGUGCAGCUCAUGAAGCUGGAAAUCCCGUAGCAUCAGCUAGCACUUGGCACCAGGCUGUGAAAUGCCGGUGUCUUAUAUUCCAGGGUUUGUCCCUGAUGGGUGCAGCGAGUUCCCCCGACCAUGGUUGCGGUGGGAUCCUGGCAUCUCUUCCUUCCCCCGCCUCCUCCGACCAGCUUUGUACAAUCUGAGGAGGGCAAAGCUGUGUGGAAAGCAUCCGCACGGCCCAUCCAGACCCUCCUGGGGACAGGCGUUUGUCACAAAAAGCAGCGCGUGAAAGCUCCUGUGGUUCCUGCCCUCUGUAGCCAGCCCCGGAGUUGCAUUUUGUACUGCUGUAAUCUUCGUGUGCUCCUGUUCUCCAGACCUGACGUGUCUCUACCAUCUGCUUCUUUCUCUGUGCAUUGUUCUUUUGAUUAAUGUUUUAGCUACACACGUAGAGUUGCCUUUCUUUGACCGAAUGUCCGAAUGUGAUAUAUUGUAUAUUUUAAAGUAU